CGAGAAUUGAUCUACUGUAGCGACACGGAACCGCGACCGUGAUACGACAUGACGACAAAGAAGCCCAAGGACAAGAGCCUGGGCUUGAUGGCUGCUGGCGGCAUGGCAGGCGUGGUGGCCAAGACGGUCGUCGCACCCUUUGAGCGCGUGAAGAUUGUCUGCCAGACCGGUGAGUCCUCGCUCGGCAUGAUCGCGACUGCCCAGCGCAUUGUGCAGACCGAGGGUCCUUUCGGUUUCUGGCGUGGCAACUUUGCUGCGUGCGUACGCAUUCUUCCACACAAGGCAGUGUUGUUCGGGUGGACCGACAUUUACAAGGACAUGCUCGCGUCUCAACAGCACGUUGCCAUCGACCGUGCGCACCUCGGCUUUAUCGCCGGAGCGUGUGCUGGGCUCACCGCGUGCAUCCUGACGUACCCGCUGGACUUUAUCCGUACGCGCAUGUCUGGCAAGAUUACGUCCCAAGCGCAGUACCGCGGCAUGCUCCACGCCUUCGUCACCAUCGUCCGCGACGAAGGUGCGUUGUCGCUGUUCAAGGGCAUGGGUCCCACGCUCCUUGGAAGCAUCCCGUACGAAGGCAUAAAGUUUGGGACGUAUGAUCUGUUUCGAGAGUUGCUGCCGUCAGAUGUGGACCCUGGCUCGGACUUCGCUGGGAAACUUGUGUGCGGCGGCGGCGCUGGCAUGGUGGCCACCAUCUUGACGUACCCGAACGACACCGUCCGUCGGCGGAUGCAAAUGCAAGGCAGCGGCGGUGCCAAGCAUCUAUACAAGCACACGAUCGACUGCUACGUCAAGCUGUAUCAAGCAGAAGGCUUGCGGAGCUACUACCGGGGACUCACGCCGACGCUAGUGCGAGCCAUGCCCAACAUGGGCAUCCAGUUUGCAUGCUACGAAGUGUUUCGGAGCUGGAUUCCCGCGUAUAGAUAACAUAACAUUGUUGCAACCAACAAGACAUACAUAACCCCA